UUUAAGAAAUAGCUCACACCUCCAAGGUGGAGUGGAGGUGGGGCUCAUGGGCGCGCAUGCGCACUUACUCCUUCUUUCCAAGUACAAGUGGACAGUCAUGGUUCGCAUGAAUGUGCUGAGUGAUGCCUUAGUGGCCAUCUGUAAUGCUGAGAAGAGGGGCAAGCGACAAGUGCUUAUCAGACCCUGCUCUAAGGUGAUCGUCAAGUUCCUGACUGUCAUGAUGAAACAUGGUUACAUUGAUGAGUUUGAGAUAGUAGACGACCAUCGUGCUGGCAAGGUGGUGGUGUUCCUCAACGGUCGUCUCAAUAAGUGUGGUGUCAUCAGUCCCCGGUUUGAUGUUGGUGUGGGUGCCAUUGAGAGGUGGGCCUCCAGCCUGCUGCCAUCCAGACAGUUUGGGUUCCUGGUCCUCACGACAUCGUCAGGGAUACUAGAUCACGAGGAGGCAAGAAGAAAGAAAACUGGUGGCAAAAUUCUCGGAUUCUUUUAUUAGUAGUGACGACCAUUUAAUAGCACUGUGCUGUGUGUAUGAACCGUGUCUUGUGCAUUUGAUGGUUUCACUGUUAUAUCUCAAUGUUUGUUCA